CGCUCGUUGGGCCAGCAGCUCGCCCAGCGACGUGUCAAUGGCGGCCACCCAGCAGCUCAACCCGAACGCCGAUGUGCUCAAGUCGGGCCAGGCGUCGCUGAUGAACAUCAACGCGGCCCGCGGCCUGCAGGACGUGCUCAAGAGCAACCUCGGUCCCAAGGGCACGCUCAAGAUGCUUGUCGGCGGCGCGGGCGACAUCAAGCUCACCAAGGACGGGAACACGCUGCUGCACGAGAUGCAGAUCCAGAACCCGACCGCGUGCAUGAUUGCGCGCAUCGCCACCGCGCAGGACGACAUCACCGGCGACGGCACCACCUCCGCCGUCCUCGUCGUCGGCGAGAUGAUGAAGCAGGCAGAGCGCCACCUCUCGGACGGGGUGCACCCGCGACUGCUGUGCGAGGGGAUCGAGCUGGCGAAGACGUCGCUGCUCGAGUACAUCGACCGGACCGCGCUCGCCAAGGACUGCGCCGACCGCGACCUGCUCCUCCAGAUUGCGCAGUGCUCGCUCCGCACUAAGAUGCACCGCGAGCUGGCGGACAUGUUUACCGCCAUCUGCGUGGACGCGGUGCUGACGAUCCGCAAGCCGGACACGCCGCUCGACCUGCACAUGGUCGAGAUCAUGCACAUGCAGCACAAGGCGGGCACCGACUCUCGCCUCGUCAAGGGCCUCGUCCUCGACCAUGGCGGGAGGCACCCCGGCAUGCCAAAGCAGCUCAGCAAGGUGCGCGUCCUCACCAUCAACUACGACCUCGAGUACAUGCGCUCCGAGGUCAACUCGGGCUUCUACUACUCCAACGCAGAGGAGCGCGAGAAGAUGGUGCAGGCGGAGCGCAAGUGGGUCGACGACAAGACAAAGCUGAUCAUCGACCUGAAGCGCAAGGCGUGCGGCGAGGGCGAGACGAUGGUGGUCAUCAACCAGAAGGGGAUCGACCCGCUCGCCCUCGACCUCCUUGCCAAGGAGGGCAUCCUCGCGCUGCGCCGCGCAAAGCGGCGCAACAUGGAGCGCAUCACCCUCGCGUGCGGCGGCGAGCAGGUCAACUCGAUCGACGACAUGACGCCCGAGGUGCUCGGGUACGCGGAGGAGGUGUCGGAGCAGACGCUGGGCGAGGAGACGUACACUUUCCUCGAGGGCGUCUCGAACCCCUUCUCGUGCACCAUCCUCAUCAAGGGCGCGCACCCGCACGUCAUCUCGCAGAUCAAGGAGGCGGUCCGCGACGGGCUGCGCGCCGUGUCCAACGCCGUCACCGACGGCCAGCUGCUGCCGGGCGCGGGCGGCAUCGAGGUGCUCUGCCACGCGCACCUGAUGGAGUACCGCAAGAAGGUGCAGGGCCGCGCAAAGCUCGGCGUGCAGACCUUCGCCGACGCGCUGCUCGUCAUCCCGAAGACGCUCGCGGACAACGCCGGCUACGACGCGCAGGACGCGCUCCUCAAGCUGCAGGAGGAGCAGGAGGCGGGCUCGCCAAAGGUGGGCCUCGACGUGGAGACAGGCGAGCCGCUCGACCCGUGCGCCGCCGGGCUGUGGGACAACUUCCGCGUCAAGCGGCAGAUGCUGGACUCGGCCGCCGUCAUUGCGGCGCAGCUGCUGCUCGUCGACGAGGUCAUCCGCGCCGGCAAGCAGAUGAAGAAGGGCUAGCGUGUCCUCUACUUGCCCGGGGGCGCGUUGGCGGUGACCUCUGGCGCCACGGGACCGGGCGUGGCGGCGCAAGCAGAGUGCCUGUGGGGGCGGCGCUGUCCGUGCCAGCGCGCGUAUUGACUAUUGUUGGUUUCCACUGAGAAAGUUGUAAGUAAACAACCA